AUGACGGCAACGGGAGACCAAUCGGUUCCACGCGAAGAACGGGUCCUGCUCGCCGUCAGGGCCUAUCAGCAGGGCCAAUUCAAAAGUACCCGCAAGGCUGCGGCCGCAUACGACGUCCCUCAAUCGACAGUAUCUGAUCGACUGCGCGGUGUCAUUCGCCGACGCGACGCUCAGAUGAACAACCUGAAGUUGACGGCGACGGAAGAGACUGCCCUGGUACAAUGGAUCUUGUCGAUGGACGAGCGAGGGAUGCCGCCGACAGUGGCUUACACUCGUCGGAUGGCCAACUUAUUGCUUUCCGAGCGAGGCAAAGAUCCUGUCGGGGAAAACUGGACCCCAAAAGAUCCAAGGAUGGUACGAUCGAGUCGCGGCGACGAAACAGAAAUGGGGAUUCUUGACGAGGAUGUCUAUAACUUUGAUGAGACGGGGUUUCAAAUGGGAGUCGCUGCAACGGCGAGACCUGGAAAUCGAGAAUGGGUUACUGUGAUCGAGUCUAUCAACUGCCAAGGUUGGGCUUUACCGGCGAAGGUUAUCUUCCAGGGCAAGUUACACCAAGCAAGCUGGUACGAAUCAGGAGUGCCCGAUGACUGGCAUAUCGCCGUUAGUGAGAAUGGCUGGACUUCCGACGACCUUGCUUUGAAUUGUCACGUCACGCCGGAAUUUGACAAGUACUCCUCUUGA